ACAAAGUUCCGCCUCCGAAAACUUAAAAAAAAAAAUCCAAUUGAUGACCGUCGAGUCUGAUCCAGCUGACUUACUUCCGUGAGCAGUAAACAUGACACUUGUGCUCACAUUGCUCGUACUUUCAUGUGCUUUACUGCAAAGUACCUCAUCCACGCUUCACAAUGACACGGUCUUUGCGGUGACUGUGAGCUCUCAGUUGAGAGGAGGGACACAGGAGACACUGUGUGUCCUUGUCCACGCCCCCACAGAAGACGUGUCCAUCACUGUUGACCUGCUCAUAGACUCUGCCAACAACAUGCUCAUCAUGGAGGACAAUGUCAAAAGCCACUUUUACCAGUGUUUGCACUUCCAGGUCCCGGCAGUGCGCGGUAACACUGUAGGAACCAUAAAUGUCACUCUUAAAGGGGACAGCGCCUCCAUGAACAAGAAGACCAAAGUCCUGAUUGUCCCUCCUGCUUUCAUCCAUAUCAUCCAGACUGAUAAACCUGUCUACAAACCUGGACAAACUGUCCUCUUCCGAAUUGUUUCCAUGGAUGCCAGUUUCAUCCCUGUGGACCGUCUGUACACACUGGUGGAGCUGCUGGAUCCCAAUAACAAUCGAAUUUCCCAGUGGUUGGAUAAGUUUGUUGCUGCGGGCAUCCUUGAUCUUUCCCAUCCCAUGAUUCCAGAGGCGACCCAAGGACGCUACGUCAUUGUGGCCACCACCGACAAAGGAGAGAAAAUCUCACACAGCUUUGACAUCAAGGAAUAUGUUUUGCCCAAAUAUGAGGUCAGGGUUCACCUUCCAAGUGUGAUUACCAUCCUGGACCAGGAAGCCACUAUGAAGAUUUGUGGCAAAUACACUUACGGAAAACCAGUUGUUGGGUCAGUCAAGGCGGAGUUUUGUAGAACUGCUGUUCACUUUUACUGGCAUUCAACUUCCCAAACGAAAAACCUCUGCAAGACAUAUACACUUGCAACAGAUGCCAGUGGCUGUGCUUCACAAACGGUAAACCUGAACGACUUUGCCCUCAACAAGAACAAGUAUGAAGACACGUUUGUGGUUGAUGCUGAGAUGGAAGAGCAUGGCACGGGGGUGAUUCUGAAAGGCAGCGGGCAAACGAGCUUCAGCAGUAGUAUGAGAACAGUCACCUUUGAAGAUGUAUCUGAAGCGUACAAGCCAGGCAUCCCAUUUGAGGGAAAGGUGAAAAUGACCGGUCCUGACAAAAAACCUGUGGCCAAUGAACCUGUGUACAUUUACGGCCCGAACUCUUUCAACUUAACGCUCACCACAAACGUGAAAGGCGUGGCCUCAUUUUCCCUCAACACCUCCCUGUGGAAGGACAAGGUCAAUCUUAAGGCCAAGUCCAGACUUGUGGCAGAUGAGCCGUACGUUGCCGAUGUGCGUAACGCGGAGUACAGGACGGCUUAUUUGGACGUUUCGUCCUUCUACUCCAAGAGCAAUAGUUUUUUGAAGCUCAUGCAGGUGGACGGGAAGUUGUCCUGUGACAAAGAUGCAACUGUACGAGCCCAGUACAUCAUUCAGGGACAGGAGCUUAGCAAGGGACAGGAGCUUCUGCACUUCUUUUAUCUGGUAAUGUCCAAAGGAGGAAUUGUCCAACAUGGGCGUCUCACAGUGGCUGUUCAAGUGGAUGCUGUCAACAAAGGGGAGUUAUCCAUUCCUCUAAAUCAAGUGAGCAACCUGGCCCCUUUUGCUCAGGUUGUAGUUUACACCUUGUUGCCCGGUGGAGAAGCUGUGGCAGACAGCCUGGACUUCCCCGUCCAGCUCUGUCUCAAGAACAAGGUUUCUCUCAGGUUCUCCUCCCUCCAGGAGCUUCCUGCAGAGAAAAUCACCUUAAAACUCCAGGCUCAGCCCGGCUCUUUGUGCUCCGUCAGAGCCAUUGACCAGAGCGUCCUGCUGCUGCAGGCAGAGAAAGAACUUACUGUCAGCUAUGUUUACAGUCAGCUGCCUCUGCAGAAGCUGUCGGGAUACUCUCAUGAGGUUGAAGACAAUGAGCCAUAUCCGUGCCUCCCUGAGCCCAUGCCAGAGUCUGAACCUGACAUUUUGGAUGAUGCUGCACCAGGUGGGCGAGACAAGCGCUCCGUUUACUUUGGACCAACCAAUAAGAAGAAUGACGUCUUCAGCAUCUUUAAAGAAAUUGGAGUCAAGCUGGUGACAAAUUCAGAUGUGAAAAAACCUUAUGACUGUCUUCAAAGCCGAUUUGCAUAUUAUUAUGAUGGUCUUCUUUCUGGCCUCUCAGAAGAUUUCUUAGAUGCCCCUGUUUCCAUGGCGUUUAACGUGAUGCCUGGGUCGAGAAAGGAGGUGAAGAAGGAGACCAUUAGGGUAUUCUUCCCAGAGACCUGGAUCUGGGACAUCGUUGCUGUUGGAGACACGGGUGCCGUCAGUGUAGAGAAGACGGUACCAGACACCAUCACCAAGUGGGCUGCUGGAGCUUUCUGUGUGUCUUCUGUGGGCUUCGGCGUGUCAGCCAACACUGCACUGACGGCCUUCCAGCCCUUCUUUGUCAGUCUCACGCUGCCCUACUCUGUCAUCCGAGGAGAAGUAUUUACUCUCAAAGCAACGGUCUUCAAUUAUCUCUCCAAAUGCAUCAUGGUGGAAGUUACACUGGAUGAUUCAGAGCAGUACACCUUCAGGAAAUGUGAUGGCUGCCAAUACAGUGUGUGUUUAUGCAGUGAUGAGAGUAGAACUUUCUCCUGGAUUGUCACUCCAAGCGCUCUUGGUAAGGUCAAUCUGAAGGUCAGCGCUGAGGCUGUGAAGACAGACGAGAUGUGUGGAAAUGAGGUGGCGGCUGUGCCUGACGUGGGCCGCGUUGACACCGUGGUCCGCACCCUGCUGGUGGAGGCUGAAGGAACGCCUCAGUCCGUUGCUCACAACACACUCCUCUGUCCUGCAGAGGGACCAGUGGAGAAGAAUAUCUCUCUUCUGAUGCCUGAGAUGUUUGUGGCGGGAUCUGCCCGGGCCACGGUCUCUGUGUUGGGUGACCUGAUGGGCCGAGCCAUUAAGAAUCUGGACCAGCUCCUGGCGAUGCCGUACGGCUGUGGGGAGCAGAACAUGCUGCUCUUUGCUCCCAACAUCUUCAUCCUCAACUACCUGAAGAGCACAGGACAACUGACUGCUGAGAUCCAGGACAAAGCAACACGCUUCCUGGAAAGCGGGUACCAGAGGGAGCUCACCUACAAGCAUGACGAUGGUUCCUACAGCGCCUUUGGGAAGAGCGACAAGUCUGGCAACACCUGGUUGACCUCCUUUGUGAUGAAGUCGUUUGCUGGAGCGAGGCCGUACAUCUUUGUGGAUCCAAAGCACAUUGAUGAUGCCAGGAGGUGGCUGUCGUCAAACCAGGCCCCCAAUGGCUGCAUCAGGUCUGUGGGAAAGCUCUUCCACAAUGAAAUGAAGGGGGGAGUGAGUGACGACGUGUCCCUGACAGCUUACAUCACCGCCGCCCUGCUAGAACUCAACCACAACGCAACAAGGCCUGUGGUCCAGGGGUGUCUGAGGUGUCUAAAGGCAGCAUCCAGCCAGCUGGACAACCUGUACACCACAGCCCUCAUGUCCUACACCUUCACCCUGGCUGAAGACCAGGAGAUGAGGAGCAAGCUUCUCAGCUACCUGCACCAGCGCUCCAACACAGACACAGGGGGAACUCGUCACUGGGAGCGUGUCGGGGCCUCAAAGAAAGGACUCGAUUCCCUGGAGGUGGAGAUUACCUCCUAUGUAGUGCUGGCGCUGCUGUCUGGGCCCGUCCUGCCAGAAUUUGGUUUGGACUACGCGUCCGGCAUCGUGCGCUGGCUCACGCAGCAGCAGAAUCCUUACGGAGGAUUCUCCUCCACACAGGACACGGUGGUGGCCCUGCAGGCGCUGGCUAAGUAUGGUGCUGCCACCUACAGCGUGGAGGGCAGAACUACAGUGACGGUGACAUCAUUAGGAGGUCUAAACAAGCAGUUCUAUGUGGACCAAAGCAAUCGGCUGCUGUACCAGGAGGAGAAGCUGAGUGAUGUCCCUGGAGAAUACACGGUGAAAGCGGAAGGACAGAGCUGUGUUCUGGCGCAGAUGUCCAUGCAUUACAACGUUCCGCCUCCACCUGACUUUUCUGCCUUCAACGUGUCGACCAGCACCAUGUCCAAAUGCAACACCAGCAAACCACACAUCAUCCUCUUCGUGCACGCCAGGUACCAGGGCAGGAGGGAGGAGACCAACAUGGUCAUCAUUAACAUCAAACUGCUGUCAGGGUACAUUUUGGAUGAAAGCUCCUUGCAUCUGCUGAAGAAGGAGCGCUCGGUCAAGCGUGUGGAUGUGGACCAAGCAUACGUCAACAUCUACUUGGACGGGCUGAAGAAAGGUGAGCGGGUGAUUUACAGCGUGACCUUGGAGGAGGACGUGCCAGUCAGGAACCUGAAAGCAGCUGUGGUCAAAGUGUAUGAUUACUACCAGACAAGUGAUGAGGCAGUGACGGAGUACACAUCCUUGUGUGCGCAAAGUGACGAUGUCAACGAGCUUUAAAUGAAGUCAAACUACUUUAAUCUUCAAAGCUGCCAGAUGAUGUCUAACAAAUUCGGAGGUUGUCUUUUUUUCUUCUUUUUCAAGAUUUUUACCAGUAAUUUUUUGUGCAAAUGAUUUCUCUUCCAUCCUGUUUUUGUUUUGCUUUUGAUUUCACUUCUUAGUUUGUUGUUUUUUUUGCAGCCUCUCAAACGCUUUUAACACUUUUAAGAAAGCAGACCAUGCUCUGUAACACUUUUUAUUGACAAAUAAAUGUUGUCAACUCAACGUGAAGGAUGAUACGUACAAUAAGAGUAAAAACAAUCUGUAGAAAAGGUGUGUGUACCAUUUUAAAACCAAAGUCAGUUCAAUCCAUCACAAGCAUUCAAUUGAAACAGUCAUGAAAUAAAAAGAGAAAAAUAAGAAAACAU